CAAAAUUAUCAUGCCAACUAAAACGUUUGGAGUCAACCACCCGAUCGCCAAUAUUGGCCUAUUUUAGCGAAACACUUACCGGUUUGUCGACUAUCCGGGCUUACGACGGCUGUUCGGAUCGAUUCAUCGGACACAUGGACUCACUGGUCGAUACCAAUCAACGGUGUAUGUAUUCAACCGCUAGUUUGAACAGUUGGCUACAAAUACGUCUGGACGGACUGGCCAGUCUACUGAUACUGUUCGCAGGUUUCCUGCUAACUGUCCAGCGCCGGGAGGCCAGUGGUGGCGGCGACACCGGUAUGUCUCUGUGCAAUGUAACCAAUCUGUCGUAUUUGGUCGGCCUAUUAGUUCGCCUAUACGGCCAGUUUGUCAACAGUAUGGUAUCCUAUGAACGAUUGGCAGAGUAUUGUCACCUGAAACCGGAAACAGGAGGAGCCGCCCAUCGGCAGCAAACAACAACUGGCCAGCAAUUAUUGCCGACGGCGGCGGCAGAUGAUGAUGACAACCAAAACUGGCCAAACAGUGGACGUAUAGAGUUUCACGGCUAUAGUGCCCGAUAUAGACAGGGCUUGGAGUUAGUACUCAACGAAAUUGAUUUGCAUAUCAAUUCAGGCGAAAAGAUCGGAAUCGUUGGCCGAACCGGUUCGGGAAAGUCGUCGCUAGUGUUGGCAUUGUUUCGACUGAUUGAACCAGCCGUGGGUCGGAUAGUCAUCGAUGGCAUAGAUAUCGGACGUCUAGAUCUCCCAGAGUUAAGAUCAAGACUGACAAUACUACCGCAGGAGCCGAUAGUCUAUACGGGAACUGUUCGAUCAAAUUUAGAUCCAUUUGCCAGACAUACUGACCCCGAGCUAUGGUCAGUACUGGAGCGGUCACAUCUGAAAUCGUAUGUCCAGUCGCUGGACGGCCAACUGGACUCACCGAUUAGCGAAUCGGGCGAUAACCUGAGUGUUGGUCAACGACAGCUCAUAUGUCUGGCACGGGCUCUGUUACGUAACACUCGUGUCCUAAUCCUCGACGAGGCCACGGCUUCCGUCGACGUCCAAACCGAUGCACUCAUACAGCAAACCAUACGUCAAGAGUUUCGUGAGUCGACUGUCCUGACAAUUGCCCACCGAAUCCAUACGAUUAUGGACUCCGAUCGGGUAAUAGUGCUCAACAAUGGACGGGUAGUCGAGUUUGCCGAACCCGACAGUUUGCUUAGCGACAGUUCAACCAUAUUCUACUCACUGGCCAAAAAUGCCGGUGUUUUUUAG